AUGAAGAAAUCUCCCUUCAUAUGUGUGGUUGCAAGUCUAAGUACACUCACGCAGGCAUUUUGGCCGUUUGACUCAGGAACAGCGUCGCAAUCGGGAUCAGCAGCAUCGUCGCCGUCAGCGACUGCAACUGAUGGGGGAGAUUCAUGGUAUAACAAUCUUUUUGGCUUCGGGAAUGAUUCGUCACCAGCAUCAGCAGCUUCGACCUCUAUUUCAGCCACGGGAGCAGCAGGAACCGGUUCGUCAAACCCCUAUGCCCCCAUUCGUGCCGCGUGUCCCGGUGGAUCGUUGAUUCGAGAAGCCGACGGACUCUCCGAUAACGAAAAGGACUACAUUCGAGCACGACAAGAGAUGACCAACAGCAACAUUAUCGAUUUUUUGCAAAAUCGCGCUAAUCUCUCCGACUUUGAUGCCGAGUCCUUUGUCAAUGACAAUGCACAAGAACACAAUAUCACCAUUGGGUUGACUUUUAGCGGUGGGGGAUACAGGGCCAUGCUUUGUGGCGCGGGACAAUUGUUGGCGACCGAUGGCCGGUUCCCCGAUGCAAACGCACACGGGGUCGGGGGAUUGCUCCAGUCUGCAACUUAUUUGGUGGGGUUGUCCGGUGGAAACUGGCUCGUGGGCAGCUUAGUCAUGAACAACUGGAUCUCUGUUGGAGAUAUUGUCAAUGGCACUUCCAACAUUUGGCAGCUUGAAGAUUCGAUUAUUAACCCUAGUGGCUUGAGAAUCGACAAAACAAUUGCCUACUAUUAUGGCUUGCAGCAGGCUGUCGAGGCUAAACUGGAUGCAGGGUUCAACACCACCAUCACCGAUAUCUGGGGCAGAGCUCUCGCGCAUCAAUUUUUCGAUGAUCCUAGCGGCGGCGAAAACAUCACUUGGUCCAGUGUGAGGAACAUGUCUCAUUUCCAAGACCACACCAUGCCGUAUUUUUUCGUUGUUGCCAACGGAAGGCUGCCGCAUACUUUGAUUAUCAACGAAAACAGUACCGUUGUUGAAAUCUCGGCUUAUGAUUUGGGCUCGUGGGACAGAUCCUUGAGGUCUUUUACCGAUGUCGAAUAUUUGGGGUCAGUUGUCAAUGACGGGAAUCCCAACAAUACAGAUGUAUGUGUGAGGCGCUUUGACAAUGCUGGCUUCAUCAUGGGCACCUCGUCGUCCUUGUUCAAUCAGAUUGUGCUUCAGUUGGGCAACUACGACAUCAAUAGUAUAAUCAAAUCCGUGUUGACGGAUUUGUUGUUAACAGUCACCUAUGAGCAGUACGACAUUGCAGCAUAUGCCCCCAAUCCGUUUUUUGGAAACGUGAAUGGAGAAAGUGACCACAUUGCCCAGAACGAAACCCUUUUCUUGGUUGAUGGAGGCGAGGAUCUUCAAAAUGUGCCAUUUUACCCGUUAAUCCAAACUGCACGUGAUGUUGACGUUAUCUUUGCAUUUGACAAUUCAGCAGACACUAUAGACCAAUGGCCGAAUGGAACAUCGAUUCAAGAGACGUACAAGAGACAGUUUUCACUUCAGGGAAAGGGAACACCAUUCCCAUUUGCUCCCGAUGUCGACACAUUCAUCAAACAGAAACUUCACGAAAAGCCCGUGUUUUUCGGAUGCAAUGCCUCAGAGUUGGAUGAUUUGGUGGCGUGGCAUGAAAAUGACCAAAUAAACUCCACAGAUGUGCCCUUGGUCGUUUACAUAUCCAAUGCGCGACAAAGUUACAACUCGAAUUUCUCAACUUUCAAACUCUCCUACGAGGACCAGGAGAAAUGGGGUGCCAUCCAGAAUGGGUUUGAAGUAAUGUCGAGAAACAACUUGACGGAGGAUUCGAAUUGGUUGGCAUGUGUUGGAUGUGCCAUCAUCAGGAGACAACAAGAGCGAUUCGGACAAGAACAAUCGGAACAAUGCAAAAGCUGCUUUCAAGAAUAUUGCUGGACUGGUGGCGCCAAGGAAGCCGCUGCAGUCUCGAGCGUCAGUGGAAUAAGUGGACUUGCCACCUCUUCUCCCACUUCAUCACCAUCGUCGUCUGCGUCAGGGUCUGGUGGGUCUUCAAGCAGCAGUGGCUCUAGUUCCAGCAAGGAUAAUGACGGUGAGUAUUCAACCAGACUUCCUUCUUAUCUUUUACUUUUGGCUAAUUUAAUUCUUGGGUUUACAGCAUUUUUAUAG